AUGGCAGCUAAGGAUUCGGCAUUCCCUCUUCGUCGAGGGUCAGAUGCCUCGGAAAAAGACUUUUUCGAUAUCCCGGACGAAUCGUGGUCAGCGAUGGCCAAACGCCAACUACGACACAUCCGCACUUGGGUCAUUCUCUUCGCCCUCAUUGUCUACUGCUUGUGGCCGAAAUCGAUACCACUUCCUCCGCAGCCAAAUCCCCAUAUUCAUUAUGAUGAGGUCGACUGGACGCGCUAUGCCUACACAACGUACGCGACUAGCGAGACAGAUCUAUGCAAUUCCUUAAUGGUUUACGCGGCUUUGCAGCGCUUCCAAUCCAAGGCGGAAAAUCUGCUAUUCUACCCAGACGAGUGGGAUCUCAUUAUUGACGACGACUCUGAUCGCAUCAGCGAGCUUCUGAUCCUGGCCAAAAGUAGAUAUAAUAUCCAGUUGUCGCCAAUCAAGGUCGAGGCAAUCAAGCGACCGUCUGAACGAUUUGCCGACGCAACCUGGGAUGUCAGUUCGGCCAAAUUGAACGCAUUCGGCGUCAUCCAAUACGAUCGCGUUAUUCACCUCGACUCCGACAUCACCCUACUCAACCACAUGGAUGAGCUAUUCUUCCUCCCACCCACCGUUGCCGCCAUGCCUCGAGCCUACUGGACACUCCCCGACUCCCACACCCUCAGCUCCCAGAUUGUCGUUAUCGAGCCCUCGUACAAGGAAUUCCUGGGAUUGCAGGAAUUGACCCGUCUCGCGACCCAUGGCCAAUUGGAUAUAUGGAACGGGACAGAGGGAUUGGAUACGGCGAUUCUAAACCAUCGCUAUGGGGAUAAUGCUAUGGUUCUUCCCCACAAGGAGUACGGCCUACUCACGAGCGAGUUCCGCAGAAAGGAACAUAAGAAUUUCCUGGGCACGGAGAAGGACUGGAUUCCUGACAAGGUCAUGGCGGAGAGCAAGUUUGUGCAAUUCUCGGAUGACCCCUUGCCCAAACCUUGGGUUAUGUGGCCGCAGGAAAUGCUGGCAGAGAUCCAGCCUAAGUGCGACAGUAAACCCGGGACAUCUGAGGAGAGUGGAUGUCGCGAUCGAGAAUUAUGGAAAGAACUCUAUGAUCAUUUCCGGAGGCAGCGAAAGGUGUGUAUGCCCCUGUUCUGUUUGUGCGCGCGCGUGACGUUUGCAGGUUACUGA